CCCUUUGUUUUCAGCGCCAAAGAAGGAGCAGCCAUGUUUGAUGGAUUGAGGUCUCGAGGUGGCAUAGAUGGCUCUAAAAGAGGUCCCUAUCAACCCUUUGGAGUGGCUUGGCGACAAAUAAAAGAGUUACGUUUAUCUUAUGACAAGAGAAUCAAGGAAGAGAUAGACACAGCUUUGCUUAAGGCUUGCUCUAAGCAUAAACUACGAGUCAGUCGGAGCACUGUUGAUAAUUCUUUUAUGGUACGUUCAAAAGCGAAUGCUGUCAAUGAAGAAGAUGAUGAUCAAAUUGAUGGUGUGAGUGAAAGUCAGUGUAUUCAAAUGGUGACUCGUGCAAGUCUAAAGGAUCAAAUACUAGUGGAGGAGAAGGAAGAGAGCCAACUAGAAAAUGAAGCACUAAAUUGUACGUAUGUCGUCAAGAAAUCACCACCACUCAACCUUUCCAAACCUUCUACAUUACCAGCAGCGGCUGUGUGUAGUGUUAAUGCAGAACAACCUCAUGUUGCCUCUAAUGACAGUGAUAUGUACACGCAUGUCAUACCCAAGUUAUUGCCACCUCCUAACCUUUUCAAACCUUCUAAUUCGACUUCUAUGUGUACGAGAUCCAAGGGCAUUAAAUCCCCUGAUACAGAACAGUCUAAUGAUGUACAUGUAUAUGCUCUACCCAAGUUAUUGUCACCUGAGUCACCUCCGCUUUCGAAACCUAAAUCGACUUCCAUGUGUACCAGAUCCAAAGGCGUUACAUCUCCUGAUACGGAGCAGUCUAAUGAUACAUCCAUGGGGACUAAAUCUCCCGAUACAGGACAGUCUAAUGCUGGUGAUACUGAUGAGAAUGAGCUCUUUCAUACUCCUCCUGAGAAACACGCUCGAUCAUCAUCGGCUGAGCUAUGCACUGAUAUACCUACCAAGAUACCUGCUACUAAUGAUGAAGAUGGCGUCCCUACCAUUUAUAUGCAGAGUAGUACUCAUCCUGAAAAGGAUGAUAGGUUUACUGCUCUUGUAAGAAACUCGCCAGUAAAAGCUGUUGAAGCUCAUGAAUUAAGGACAAAACUUCUUAAAGAUAAGAUUAAUCAAAAGUUGGAGAGAGAAGAAUCAAGGAGACGUGAAUUGGAAGCAAAAAAAGAGCAAGACAGGCUGGACAGGAUUAAGCGUAGAGAAGAAAGACUUCAAAAAGUAGCAGCAAACAAAGCAGCUUUGUUGAAGAAAGCGAAUGAGAAAAAGAGAAAAAUUGAAGCAAGCAAAGAUGAAGCACCUCCUAGUAAGACUAUAGCUGCUAGCAAGACUGAAGAUAAGGGACAGAAAAAUAAGCUACGGCAUCAAGCAGCAGAGCAAAGGAGAAAAGAGAAAGAAAGGGAGAAUGAGUUAAAGCAACAUGCUAUUGAAAAGGAGAAACAAUUGCAGGAAGAGUUGCAGCGUAAGAGAAUGGAAAUGAAAGAACAAAUAAGACUAAAGAAGCAGUUAGGUAAAGAUGAACACAAGAAACCUGUUGUUCCUGCUGUUACUACGUGCACCACCAUCAGUACUGCUUCGCAAUCGAUACCUCUAGCAACUACAUGUACAUCUCAUUAUACUACACCUUUGAAUAAAUGUAUUACUACGACUACAUCUACAUGUGCUUCUUCCUAUCAAAUUACUCCGAUGAGUCAGGAUCCAUUACUGGUCGCUGAUAAUAAUUACGACAUUGCUGAGCUAAGCAGUGACGACAGUUCUGAUGAUGAAGAUUGUCCCAAGAAGACUGUUCCUAUGUGGGCAGCUCCAAUGAAUCUCAACAGAAUCAUAUCAGAGCAAGAGCGCACUGAUCAUGACAUUGACAGCAUCUUUCCUCCUACUGAUUUGCUACAGUCGCCUAAUCUAGGGAAAAUAUUUGGUUUCUCUAAGAGGAGGUUUUUGAAGCGUACCAGUUCGGCACAGUGGACUUCACCUAUGCUUAAAAAAACUCGUCCUCUUACUGAAAAUAACAAUUCAUCUUGAAAUUUUAGUAUUUAAUAACAUAAUAUCAUACUCACUACUAAAUUAACGUUUGAAUGAAUUUUAAUGUAGCUGUUCUCUUGCAAA